AUUUAAGGAAGAUUGGGAAAAAAACAAGAGCAAAUCCUUAGUAAGAACGUAAUUAAAAAUUCUGUUAUAUAAUAUUCUCUAUCUCUCUCUUAAGCUUGUUAUUAAACCUCUUCCUUAAUUUCUUGUAGUUCUCUGGCCGCACAAUGGAGGCUUAUGAUAUUUGUAAGUUUUGGAAGCUGGAUAUGUUGGAAGAAUUUUCUCAAAUAGUUCUCAAAGGAAAAAAGAAAAUCAUCCUCGACAUCCCGAGCCCCUCUCAGCAGAACAAAAGCGACAUCGUUUCGUUAUGUCCUGCUGAUAGUCCCGAAACAUGCAAUUCUUCGAUACCAGACUGGCUCGUGAAAGUGAUGAGAAAAGAGAAUGGAUACGAUCCAAAGCUGAUCAUAAAGAGGAGGGUGCUGUGUACGACUGAUCUCCGUAAAAACCAGGGGUGUCUCUCAAUGCAUCUCAGCAAAUUAGAGAAGUCAGAUUUUUUGACAGAGGACGAAACCAGAUUCUUAGAUGAAGACUUUUUAAAGGCUAAAAGGGAUGGUUUGAAAGUGUUUUUGGUGGAUCCUGAAUCGGAUAAGCAUGUCGUUUAUUUAAAGAAGUGGAAUGGUAAUACAGUUUGGAAAUAUGUGUUAAGUCAUGGUUGGAACAAUGUGAUUGAUAAAAAAAUCUUCAAAGUCAAUGACGUGAUUGAAAUCUGGUCCUUUCGAGAUGGAAGUGGAAAACUUUGCUUUGCUCUCUCUUCUCCAACCCGUUGUGGUAGAAGCAGCUCUGGUCAUUCCUCAUAA